GACGUGGUGGAGGGACCAGAGAUAGACAUCCUUCCUUUGACCCCCUCCCUUCCCCUUGUGAUGUAAUGGAGUGACACGUGGCCAUAUGAAACUGGUCCAAGGGACCGACUUUGGGCGCGUGGGUGGUGAAAUCCACGUGCCCUACACUAGUCAAGUCAAUGGAAUCAUGAGGGAGUAGAAAGAGAUCAAUGAUAGAAGACUCUGCGUGUGACCCCUGAGGGAAGACCAUGAUGUGGCUUCGUGUGGCCUGACCUGGAGAUGUCUGAAAAAGACACGGGUGGGAAAUUCAGACCUGAAAAUACACACAGGAAAUCUGGUAGACUGCAUGUAACGGAGAAAUAUGAUAAAGGAGAGUGAUAGUGAUGGGACGCUUGUAAAAAAGAGCUGUGAUAUUUUAUUCUGUGGAUGUUGAGGUUUUUCUAAGUAAGUGGAGAAAGCAGUUUGGGCAAGUGGUGAUACACCUCCAUUUUACAAUGUCUGAAGAAGAAGAAAAAGUGAAAUUGCGCCGUGUUGAGCCAGCUAUCCAGAAAUUCAUUAAAGUGGUAAUCCCUACAGACCUGGAAAGGUUGAGAAAACACCAGAUAAAUAUUGAGAAGUAUCAACGAUGCAGACUCUGGGACCGGUUACAUGAAGAGCAUAUCAAUGCAGGCCGGACAGUUCAGCAACUCCGCUCCAACAUCCAACAAAUGGAGAAACUCUGUCUGAAAGUCCAUAAGGAUGACAGAGGUGUUCUGAAAAGAAUGAUGGACCCUGUUAAAGAAGCAGCAUCAAGUGCAAUAGCAGAAUUUCUCCAACUUCAUUUGCAAUCUGCAGAAGAACUUAAAAAUCAAUUUAAUGAUGAUGGAACCUCACUUCAUUCUCCCUUGACAAGGUCAAUGACUGUAGGAGCAUUUCAUACUGCCAAAGCUGAAGGUGGUCCCCAGAGUUUGGUCCAGGUGUAUUCAUCACUGCCUGAAAUUCCUCAAGAUCAAAAUGCUGCAGAAUCCUGGGAAACUUUAGAAGCGGAUUUGAUUGGACUCAACCAACUAAUUACUGAUUUCUCUCUGUUAGUGAAUUCUCAGCAGGAGAAGAUUGACAGCAUUGAAGACCAUGUCAACAGUGCUGCUGUGAAUGUUGAAGAGGGAACCAAAAACUUGGGGAAGGCUGCAAAAUACAAGCUGGCAGCUCUGCCUGUGACAGGUGCAAUCAUUGGAGGAGUAGUAGGGGGUCCACUUGGCCUCUUUGCAGGCUUCAAGGCAGGAAUUGCAGCUGCAGUUGGUGGCGGGUUGUUGGGCUUCACAGGUGGAAAAUUGAUACAAAGAAAGAAACAGGAAAUGAUUGCGAUCACUUCCAGCUGUCCAGAUCUUCCUAGGCAAAGUGACAAAAAAUCCAGCUGAAACCAGACCUGUUUCAUUAGGAUCCAGUAGCUGUGUUGAUGAUGUCCUCUGCCAACAAUAAUGGACACACAGCUCAUGGAAGACAAGUUUACUGAUAUAGGGAAUGUAGAUAAUCACCUGGAAUGGAACUGGGAUCAGAAGAAAUAUUUUAUCAUUUGCCCAGGGCAUUAAUUGAGAAGUUAGUGUUUCAGGAGCCCAGAUGAGUUGAGUACUACCUUUCAGGUGAAGUUCAAAGACUGCCAAGUUGCAAAUUUUCUACGUGACAGUGAUAGAUGAACUUAUGACCUUUUCAAGGACUAGGAUCAUAUGCCAAUCCACUUGUUGGUGGUUGGUUUCCUCAAGGUAGAGAAAAAAAUGGAUACUGGAGGAAUGCUUUUCUCAUUUACUCUGACUCAAAGACCUUAAGAAUUGGCAAGUUUAUAGGAAAUUAUUUCAACCUACAGAAAGAAAAUGAAGAUUGCUCCAUAAGUUUUUCUCAUCAGGGAACAAGAAUUUAGCCUCUGCUUAGAGACACAAUUGAGAGUUCAUCAUGUUCGGCAUGCGUCCCAGUAGAUGAGACUGCUACUCCCAGAUUGGUGAAGUGAACGAAACCCAGCACAGCCCUGUCCUGACCUGCCCAGAACUGUAAAAACAAUGGAAAGACUGUCAAUACUCUUCAUAUCCUGUUUUCUUUUUUUUUCUUUUUCUUUCUAUCAAAAACCUCUCUUUCAAGUUCUUUAAUUUAUUACUUUGGACUCUGCCUUGUUUUCUCCUUUUUUUCCUUCUGCUUCUUUUUAAAUAAAGAAACCAAAUGGUAAGAAGUUUA